GGAGAAAUGCACACUGAAAGGCCAUUUGAUCAUUGAUGGUUACGGCCUGUGUCAUCAAUUAUAUGCAUUCGAAUGGAAUCGUGGUGUAAUCUAGGAUCUAUGGAUCAAUCGUUUCUACAAAUAUGAAUGUUGAAAAGGAUAGUGCAGCGCUCAGUAAUAAUGAAGCAGAGGAACAUGAAGCCAGAGCCAGGGAGUUGGAGUCCUACCUGAGAGCCUCUGGUUUUGGAUUCUUCCAUGUAAUACUGUUAGUGGUUGUGGGACUAGCCACUGCUGCUGAUGCUGUGGAGGUGUUUAGUAUCUCUUUUGUGCUGCCCAUAGCUGGGGAAGACCUUGACCUCACCACAGCUCACAAGGGAUGGCUGGACGCUGGCAUAUUCAUUGGUAUGCUCAUCGGAGGGUACGUGUGGGGUAGUUUGGCUGAUGCCAUUGGGAGGAAGGUCACGUUGGUAACGGCCAUGCUGUGGAAUGGUAUUUUUGGAUUGGCGUCUGCAUUCAGUCCAAACUUUGCAAUCUUUUUGGCCUUUCGAUUGGCCAGUGGAAUAGGCGUCGGUGGUUCUGUUCCAGUGGUAUUCUCUUAUGUUAGUGAGUUCUUCACUGAAAAGCAAACUGGUCCCAUUGUUGUCAUAACAGCUGCGUGCUGGCAACCUGGUAUUGCAUUUACUGCAUUCAUUGCAUGGGCUCUGCUGGGCACUGAGGGUCCACACAGUGAAAUCAGUUUCUACAUUGGGAGCCUGCAUUUUGUGCACUGGCGACUGUUUCUCAUGAUCUGCACCCUUCCUGCCUUUGUGUCCUCAGUUAGUCUGCUGUUUCUGCCAGAGAGCCCGGCUUAUUUGUUCCAAAUUGGGAAAGUAAAAAAGCUCUCGAAAGUACUCAAACAAAUCCGUAAGGUGAAUUCUAUCGGUAUUUCCUGCUGGAAAAGAACACAAACAGAUGAGAUCCCACUCAUUGAUUUGUCUAAGUCACAUGGCGGCUCACUGCCCAUUAAAUCAAUGGCUGAAAGUGACAAUGUCGAUGAGGAGAGAUUUUCUCUACGGGACUGCCCCCUUUAUGUUCUUGACAAAGGAAAGCAGAUGUGUCGGACGACAAUUGGUAUCUUCAGAUUGAGAUACUUGCGAGGAACGUUGCUGCUCCUGGUAAUUUGGUUCACUCAGAUGUUUGGAUACUAUGGUCUACAGCUGUGGUUUCCAGAGUUCUUCAAACGGCUUCAAUUGGACUGUAUUGAAAAUAACAGUACAGCUGAUUUCCGGAACUGCACUAGCAAUGAGACCAACCUUCAGUUUUACCAGGACACUCUGUAUACUGCUCUGGCCUCUUUGCCUGGGAACAUUGCUGGCUCACUGCUCAUCAAUGUCAUCGGGGGAAGAGUACAAACAGUGGUCGCUUUGCUACUGUCUUCCGUGAGUGUAUUCUGCAUAUGGGGUGUUCCCAGUAACCACGCUACCGUCUUGGUUGUGUCUUGUCUCUUUAGUGCUGUCUCUGUCACUGUAUUUGGAGCACUAGACGUAGUCAAUACAGUUUUCUAUGAUGCCGAAUUAAGGUCUACAGCGUUUGGAGUGCACUCUGGAGUAGGGAGGCUGGGAGCAAUUCUUGGGAAUGUCAUGUUUGGGCAUCUCCUGGAUGUGAACCGUGGCAUUCCAGUCCUAAUCGUGGCCUCUUUACUCACAGUGGGAGCUUUCUGUGCUUUGCUCCUGCCACCGAUUUAUAGAGAAGAAAACAGACCUCCACUAGAGAGAUGCUUGUAUGUGAUAGGAAAAAAGUGCAAGAAAAAAAUAGUUAUUGAUACAUGAUUGCAGUUGUCCUAUUUUUAUUCAUAAUUUAUAACGUAUCAAUCAUCCUGUAUAGCUUGUUUUCACAGGCAGUGUAAUAGACCUAUUUUAUUUUUAUGCGUAGAG